CACUGUUAACUAAUCCGAAUUCCACUAUCUGCCUAAUAACUAUCAACUGUGCCGAGAUUUCUGAUGUUCCUCCGCAGUUUGAACGACCUACUUUCUGUCUCUGCCUAGUGGCGGAUGGAUCCGUUAUCCGACCUGAGCUACGAAGCGUGACAAAAUAACACCGUAAAACUCCAGCAUUGCAACAAUGUUGUCGCUUCAAAGAAUAUUUCGGUCCAGGUUUUAAUAAAUGUAAUGGAAAGCAGUAAGCAGAAUGAAGAGAGAGACACGCCGCCUCAGAACUGGAAAAGUUGUAAGCUGAUGAUUGAUCCCGCGCUUACAAAAGGAUUAUACAAGGUGUAUCGCUUUGAUGGACAGUUUUUCAACAUUCCCGUGGAGGAUAUAGGAUUAUUUCCCAUCAGCACCCUCAAAGAUCCCCGCGUGUGCCGCUUGUGGAGCAAAAACACAAAGUCUGACCUUUCAAUUGCCAAAUUUAAGAUUGAUGAAUGGUACAUUGGACCUGUUCCUCCCAGAGAAAUAACAUUCUCCAGACUCAAUGACAACGUGAAUGCGACGUUUUUGCGUCAGAUUUGUGAAAAAUAUGGGAGCAUAGAAGAAGUGGAAAUAUGUUACCAUCCAAAUACUAAGAAACAUUUAGGGCUUGCAAAAGUAGAGUUUGACACGGUGAAGGCGGCAAAAGAGGCCGUGAAGCACCUUCAUCAAACGUCUGUGAUGGGAAAUAUUAUUCACGUGGAGAUUGAUCCGAAAGGUGAAAAUCGGUCAAGAUAUCUUCAGCUUCUUCUCAGUGGCCUGUACACUCCCAGGACGUUACCAGUGGGAAGCAGUGAGCAGGCUCUUCGAAGCUUAGUCGACAGCUUGCUGGACAGUACAUCUGCUCAGCAUCAGGGGGCGUUCUCCAGUCCUGCCAGCAUCCAAACACCCCUCUCUCUGGACACAGCAUACUUCAGUAUUUGUCAGGAUACACCUUGUAGCUUUGGGUACACACCCCAAUCUCAGGGAACCCCCCGCACUCCCUGCUUGUCUGCCACUCCUCUCUCCCAGGAUUCCUGCUACUCUAGUCUUCAAGCGACUCCGAUCCUCCAGGGGGAGCCGUCCACCUACAGUGUUUGCAAAUCCCUGAGGCAAGAGCUUUGUCUUCGUAAGCCCGAGAGGAACCGCAAAAGGUCCAGACAAGUUUCACAUUUUAACUCGAAACUUUGGCAGCGAUGUCUUCCCGACUCCCUGUUAGAAAAACGAAAGAACGUCCAGCAGCCUGGAGUGUGGAGUCAGACUGCAAAAUUAUCCACCCAUGAAGAGUCUUCCAGUUCUAUUGCUUCCCCAUUACAAGGGUCCGCAGGCUUGAUUGACUCCAAGGAUUCACCUCAGACAGCCAACUCUUUCAGCAUCUUGACCAUUAAUGUCUCAGAUGAGCAGCAAACUCACCAACCACAACUAGAGAGUUUGGACUCUCGCAUUGAAAGUUUGUUGACUAAUAGUGAGAUCCCGUCUGGCUUUCAUAAAAACACUUUAGAACCCUAUGAAAACUCCCGGGACAGCCCAGCUUCUGAUGAUCUUUUUGCCCUAUCCCCUUGUGGAUCUUUCCUAAACAGCCCGCACCAUUCCUACAUUGUGGAUGUCAGUCCAACAUCACUUAGUGAAAGUGAUCAGGAGCAAUCUUUACCUGAAGAAACCUCCCAAUGUCCAUCAAAAACGACUCCUUGUGAAAGAAGGGUUUACAUAAAUGGUGGCAAAGCUGAAGAGACAUCUCAGAUGCACCUUACUGCAAACCAAAAUACAAAGCAGCCAAACAAAGGACAGUCUGGAGCUACAACAAACACUGCCUCUGUAGCUGCAUCUCUAUGCAGUUCUUCCUUAAGUGGCAUCACUCCUAACAUCCCCCCUGCACCUCCUUCUCUAGGUCCUCCUGAAACUCCUUUCUUUAUUCCCCUGCUUCCUCCUCCAUCUUCUCUUCCACCGAUCCCACCUCGUCUUCCAGACGGCACAAUCCCCAUCCCACCACCAGACUGGAUACCUCACCAGGAUGUCUCACGUCUGCCUCCCCUCUCUAUCCCACCCCCACCAGCUUUUUUUCUGCCUCCUCCACCUUUAAUGCUGCCACCUCCCAUACCGCCCCCCGUACACAAAGGCCCUUUACACGCACAACCUGUAGCCUCCUCUGGUCAGGGAAGUGCACCUUUCUCGCUCAUUCAGCCACCUUGGCUCGCUCCACCUUUUCCCAGGAUAAAUCCCUUUGUGCCGCCGCCCGGUUAUCCUCCUGCACACGAACACUCUCAUAAAGUUACAGCUGAAAAAGUUUUGGAAGUCCUCGCGGACGAGCUGAGAUCGAUCAUUAGGAAGGACAUUGUACGCCGAAUGAUUGAAGGAGUUGCUUUCAAGGCUUUUGAGGACUGGUGGGAAGGUCAGGAGGAGAAAUUAAAGAUUCAAGUUUCUCCUUUGAAAAAGGGAACUUGCUUGAAAGAAAACGAUCCUCUCAAUCGCAUUACGGAGAAGGGCAAAAAACCACCAUUACCAUCAUUUAGGGUGAAAAGGAAACAACUAGAGGAUAUACAAGAGUCUUCUAGAACUUCUAAUUCCAGUGUGAAACAGAAGGAUCAAGUGGGAUCAACAUCUCCGAAAGCCAAGCGCAGACAUGCGAGACCUCUGGGCCUUGAUAGCAGUGAUGAGGAUGCUGAUGGUGAGGAAGACAAGAGAGAAGAAAGAGCUGAAGAUGACGCUCAAAUGUCCAACCCAGUAGAGGCUGUUAUUCCAGUUUCUGAUAAUCUUCAGUAUUUGGAAAACACCUUAAAGGACAGUAAUGUAGAUGGUGAUUCCGCUGGAGAUCAACACAGUGAAGAAACCGAGACAGAAGAAGAGACAGACAACACAGAUGCUACGUUUCAAUCAGCUGACAGAGAACACUGCCUAGACAAAGAAACGUUCCCAGAAAGCAGUUCCUCAGAGGAGAGUGAGUGUUGCUCAGACUGCUCCCGAUCGUUCUCAUCACAAAGCUUUGAGGACUUCCCCUCUGACUUGAGCACCACCAGUGAAGGAAACAAGGAGGACGAGUGUGAAGAGUGCAUUGUGAUAUCGUCAGAUGAAGACUCGGAUGAGACCGAGCCUCCAGCGACCCCUUCAACCCCAUUAACUCCAGGCUCCCAGAUGGAUCUGGACCUGCAGAACUGGCUAAAUAUGUGCGAGCAAACAGAGGAGAACCAUGCAUCCUGUCAGCUGGACUUCUGCACUUUGGAUGCCAUGACGUCGCUUCAGUCGAGUGAAACACAGAAUGUAUACCACAUGUCACCCGUGGGACUUGCAGCAGAAGAGCCUGGACCUGAUGUGGACAUGAGGAGCCCUGAUUGGAUGGAAGAGUUUGACCCUGUGAGGCCUCUAACUCCCACUGGCUGCUUAGUAGAGGCUGAUCUUGAUAUUCUGGUCAAAAACAGAGCAGCAACUCUGAUUGUGGAGGAAGUGGAGCUGCCCCCGACACCAGGCAGGGGGGUCCUGGCUGACAUGGAAAUUGCAGAAUCGGAUGACAUCAACGAAGUCCUGUCAGCAAACUGUGAGCUUGGAGCAGCUCAAGUUGAUUCCCCAUCGGAUUCAUGCGAUUCAGAUGACGAAAUGCCUAAAACUAAUGGGGAGGAGGAGGGAAGUGUAAGGGUAGGAGCUCCAGCAACACCUGGCAGAGGAGUGGCAGAAGACAUAACUACAGAUGCAGCUCUUCAUAACCCAUCAGAUGUUCUACCGCUGUCAUGUAACCCAUACAUAACCCCUCCAAAAACACCUGGAAGAGACAUUGUUUUACCCCUAAGAGCCCACGAGAGGAAAACACAAGCGUCACCCCCACUGCAUCCUAACCCUCUAAGAAUAUCUCCCAUUGCAAUGUCCUCUCCGUGCAGCCUCGCAGAACCUUUGUCUGACACCGACGACUGGACCAGACCAAAACCUCUGCAGGGACUUGAAAACAUGCCCAGUGUUCUGAACCAGGAGGCACCUUCAGGAAAACAGACACUGUGGAAGAAGACGAAAAGGAAAAAGCGGGAGCAGCAAAAACGACUCGGGUGGACUCACAGGUGGCGCUCGCUUUAUGAAGAGUGGAAAAUUUUUCACAGCUUUUGGAAGCGUGGUCUGGAUGAAGAAGAUGCGAGGUUUCUACAGGCCUCUUAUGAAAAGCUGAAGGAGGAAAAUAACGGUGCAGAGUGGCUCGGGAAGUGGAUUUCUCACCCCACGACUCAUUCUGAGAGGAGCAAAGAGCAUCAGUGUUGGUUGCCGGUUCACAGAAGCGGUUCUGCUCGCAGUGAAGGGUUCUACAAAAUCAGCAGGAAGGAGAAGAUGAAGAACUUGUCCAACUCAAAGCUGAGCACAUACCUUCCCUCUGCAACCGCUCAGGGAGCAUCUGUUCCACCCCAGCAUCCCUCCUCGCUGAGAUCGGGCUCAGACUUUAGGUCUGAACAGCGCCGCCUGCUGUCCUCUUUCAGCUGCGACAGCGACUUGAUCCGGUUCAACCAGCUAAAAUACCGAAAAAAGAGAAUUCGCUUUGGCAGGAGCCACAUCCACGACUGGGGCCUGUUUGCUAUGGAGCCUAUAGCCGCAGACGAAAUGGUGAUUGAGUAUGUAGGGGAAACCAUCCGACAGGUCAUCGCUGACAGGAGGGAGCAGAGAUAUGAGGAGGAGGGCAUCGGAGGCAGCUAUUUGUUUCGUAUUGACCAGGAUACUAUUAUAGAUGCCACCAAAUGUGGGAACUUAGCCAGAUUUAUCAACCACAGCUGUAAUCCAAACUGUUACGCAAAGGUCAUCUCUGUGGAAUCUCAGAAGAAGAUAGUGAUUUACUCCCGACAGCCAAUAAGCAUCAACGAGGAGAUUACGUACAACUACAAGUUCCCCAUCGAGGACACAAAAAUACCAUGUUUGUGUGGAGCGGAAAACUGCAGAGGAUCUCUGAACUAACUUUUGUUAAAAUAAUCCUGACUUUUACAGUAAUAAACUCUUGCUGCAGGAGCACAAGCUGCACUUCUCUUCCUAUCAGUUAUAAUGUGUUGAUCAGGUAAGUUUCGAUAGAACGCCAAUAAAAACCUUCACGUGUA